AUGGCAUCAAUUAUCAAUUUGCAGAAACGGGCCUUGGAAUUUUCCUUCCUCAUCAAGAAUUCUGACGCCCAUUUCGUAUUUGCUCGUCACUUUAGUCGCAGCUUGAGGAAGGCUGAGUUUUUCUACACUUCUCUUCUCGAUAAAUCCACCCACAAAUUCAAUCUCACCCAAAUCCACAGCCAAUUACACGGACACGGGUUGCAGAGAAAUGGUUUCAUUAUUACUAAACUCAUCAUAGCAAGUGCGGGUUUUGGAGAAAUUAGCUACGCGCGCCAGGUGUUCGAUGAAUUUCCUAACCGGUAUAUAUUCCUGUGGAAUGCAAUUCUCAGAGGAUACUCUAUGCAUAACAUGAUUGAAAAAGUUAUUGAAGUGUAUUUUCGAAUGCAGCAUGCUUCUGUGAGCCCAAAUGCGUCUACAUUCCCGUAUGUACUUAAAGCUUGUGGUUGCCUUACUGCCUUGAGCUAUGGCCGGGCAGUCCAUGCACAAAUUUGCAAGCUUGGGUUGGGAGACGAUACAUUCUUGCAAAAUGGGUUGCUUUCGUUUUAUCUGAAGUGUGAGGAACAUGAUCGUGGUCGGGUUGUUUUUGAUCGUAUGAGUGUUAGGACUGUUGUCUCUUGGACUUCGAUUAUCACAGGAUAUGUACAAAGUGGACAGCCUGUGGAGGCUUUGAGACUGUUUAGAGAUAUGUGGAGAUCAGCUGUGACACCUGAUUGGAUAGCUUUGGUUAGUGCUUUGAAGGCUUAUUCAGAUGUGGAGGAGUUGAGUCAGGGGAAAUGUAUACAUGGUUUCAUGGUGAUGCCUGCGAAGAUGUUGUUCAAUCAAGUGCAGAUCAAUGAUGUGAUUCUGUGGAAUACCAUGAUCUCUGGAUUUGCUAGAAACGGUUGUGCUAUGCAAGCAUUGGACCUUUUUACAGAGAUGUCUUCCAGAAACAUUGCACCAGAUGUUGUGACUGUACAGUCUGUAGUCUUGGCUUGCGCUGACCAAGGUUCACUUGAGAAGGCCAGAUGGAUGGAAAACUAUGUUAGCAAUAGUAAGUUCAAGAAUGAUAUAGUUGUUAGGACAUUGUUGAUCGAUAUGUAUGCAAAGUGUGGGAGUGUAGAAUUGGCACGGAAGGUGUUUGAUUCAAGUGAAGAAAAAGACGUGGUGUUGUGGAGCUCGUUGAUAAUGGGUUAUGCUCUACACGGUCAGGGAAGAGAAGCAAUUGGGCUUUUCAAUAAAAUGGAGACUUCAGGUGUCUAUCCCAACAGCAUCACAUUCCUUGGCCUAAUUAGAGCCUGUAGCCAUACGGGCCUUGUAGAUGAGGGGUGGGGAUUUUUCCUCACCAUGAAAGCUUAUGUCUUGCGUAGAUCCAUGGCUCUGGGUGAAAAUCAGUCGUUUACUGUCUUGGGGUCUCCUAAAGGUCUGUCUGGUAUUUCAUUGAUUAGAAUACCUGAAGAAGCUGCUCAAACCUCCGUUUA